CCACAGGGAUCAUUGAUGGUGCCAGUCAAUUGAUGAGAAUUAUCUAAGGAGCAAGAACUCAAUGACAGGACGCACUGAGUCGUGCAGCUCUUUAUACACAAAUGAAAGCAUUGCCUGUUUAGGCAGUAGCGGCUGCCUGAUAGGCAGCUGCUGUAGUGGGGUAGGGCUGAUAUGCGACACCCCUCCAUCCUUGAGGGACAAAACCCAGGGCAAUCUCCUCCAACCUCAACACCCACUGAGCGACGAAGGACCUCAGCGCGCACCUGAAGCUGUUUCAUGCUUGGCGAAAUGGCCACACCCGGUGCAGACCCUGUCAUACACGUUGAUGUUGACGACGAUCGAGACUCAGCAGUUGGAGAUGACAAUGCGUCAUCAACUGCUAGCGUGGCCAGCUCCAUUCUCAAUUAUCGGUUCGAAAACGGGAGAACAUACCACGCAUACAAGGACGGAAAAUACUAUAUGCCCAAUGACGAAACAGAGAACAACAGACUAGACUUGCAGCACAAUCUGUUCCUCCUGACUUUUGACAACAAGCUUGGUCUCUCCCCGCCGAACCUUCCCGAAUUCAAGACCGGCCGGGUUCUCGACCUGGGUACCGGUACAGGCAUUUGGGCGAUCGACUUUGCUGACGAACAUCCCGAGACUGAGGUGAUAGGGGUCGAUCUGUCUCCUACCCAACCGGAAUUCGUGCCCCCGAAUCUAAAGUUCGAGAUCGACGACAUCGACGAGGACUGGACUUAUUCUCAGCCUUUUGACUAUAUUCACAGCAGAAUGAUGAACGUCUCAGUCAAGAACUGGCCAGAGUAUUUACGUAAGAUUUUUGAAAAUCUUACGCCGGGUGGCUACGCUGAGCUCCAGGACGUCGAUAUAUUUAUGCAAUCAGAUGACAACACUCUUACCAAAGAUCAUGCUCUUCGGAAAUGGUGUGUUCUUCUAGCCAAAGCUGCCCAAGAGCACGGAACUCCUUUCAUAGAGACCGAUCGACUCAAACACCUUAUGGCCGAGGUUGGAUUCGUUGAUGUCAAGGAGACGCCAUUUAAAUGGCCGACAAAUCGCUGGCCCAAGGAGAAAAGAUUUAAGGAGCUUGGAGAGUGGAGCAACGUGAACACAGACGACCUUCUUGAGGGGCUUUCAAUGGCUUUGUUUACAAGCUGCCUUGGCUGGACUCCUGAGGAGGUUAGCGUUUUCCUGGUUGACGUCAGGAAGGAUUUGAACAAUCCGAAAAUCCAUGCCUACUGGUCAAUCCGUUCAGUUUACGGGAGGAAGCCUGAAGAAUUGAGAGUCGCCGUAGUUCCCAAUGAUGUCGCUCUUAUGCACAGCGCUUCACAGGUCGUACCAGUGCGACGCAGCCAUACCAAGUAG